GCCAGCUUGGGUGGUUGUGUGUUUGAGAGUGCGCGCAGGAGAGAGAGAGAGAGAGAGAGAGAGAUGGCUUUCAUGAUGGGAAUUCGGCUGGCCGUCGCCGGAGCUGCGUUCAUUAUCGCUCACGAGACUACCAAAGCCACGAAGGAGAAGCUCCGGCAGUGGGUCGCGGAUAAGUUCGCCUCCCGGUCAUCUGAUCCGGCUCCGCAGCCUCCCAAUUCCUGCGAUGCCGGCCGAACGGCCGUCAACGAGGGAGGCGAUUUCGUCAACGGCGGGACGCCAGCAGAUAUCCAAGAACCCACUCUGUCCCCCGUCGUGGUGACGGAAAACGCCGUUAACGGCGAGCGGCCAGCACAUCUUGAAGAACCCACUGUGACUGCCGUUAACGUGACGGAAAACGUCGUCGAGGGAGAUCUGACGGUGGAACUGGAACAAUCCCAACCGAACCAAGAUAACGCCAUCAACGUUCCCGUGUCACGGGACUUCCCGUCGCACUUGGAUGCGCAGAGUAACGCCGUGAACGGCGAUGUGACGGUCGAACUGCCCCAACGGCACGGGGUUAAUCCAACCCGCGAGGCACCGGUUGUCGUGGUGGUUGACGCCGUCAGCUUGGAAGCAACCGGCGUCCACCGGACCGUUGAUGACGUGGAUAACGCCAUCAGGGUCGACAAGACACGUGCCAUGGAUGAGUCGCGUCAGACGGACAUGGAUGAGCUAGCCCAAGAUGUACCCGAGCCGGCUCCGCCUCCGGACCAGGGGACCCGCCGUUCCUUCAUGGCGGCGGCCGUCAACGCCGUCAAGGGUUGGGCGAGGUCGCUAUUCAAUUGGCCAACGGCGAUUAAGGUCUACGUAUUGGGUCCAGAAAGGGAUAAGAUACGGCGGAUUUUGGUGAACGUAGGGUUUCGGGUCAUGGAGUCCGUGAUCCUCGACCCUCUCCUCGGGCGCCAUAAAGUUGUGCGUAAAAUUUAUAAUAUUUUGAAGAACGAAUUCUGGAACUCUUGGUGUUGGUGACCCGGAACGUGGGUCGCCAGUCUUUGCUCCAUCGGCGCAGCAGGGCAGAGGGAGAGUAAACAGGGGCUGUGUACAUGCCGAGUACAAUUAGCACUGCAAAUAUUAUAGGGGAAUGGCUGCUACUUUCUUGAGUUAGCCAUCAGUACAAUUAGCACUGCAAAUGUUACUAUGGAAUGCCUGGUACUUUCUAGAGUUGGCCAUUAUUAAGUUGUAGAGUUCUGUUUGGUUCAGUUAAUCCGAACUGGGCUAGGGCCCAGUUCUUAGAAAAAAAAAUAUACAAAUGAAUGUCUUUUUGAAUA